ACACACACACACACACGGACAAGAGGAUUGUUCAACACGUGGGACUACAGAUAACCAACACGGGAGCCAGCAUUAUCACGUCCCAAAACCCAGUCCUGUGCAAUGUCCUCUUGGUUUGACUGCCCGAGACGAGUCUGAGAAACUCGGUUUGGAUGAUCACGAUUGUCCUUGACAACCUGGAUGAAUUUUACCCAAACCACCCAAGAUCGUCCUUUCGUCUGAUAUCUCCACAAGUCAACACGGCAUUGUUGUAUAGGCUUCUGCUGGAAAUGCCAUGCGCCGAGCCUUGCCGCACAAGAAACACGGCAGAACCUCAAACAUCACCCAAAAACUGCCAGCCAAUUCCUGUCGCAAACAACAGUAUGAUCGCCGAGGGGCUCAACAUCAACCACUAUUUUGCCGGCUCCUUUGGUGAUCACCUCAUCACCGGCACCAUCAUGUGCAUUCCUAUAAGAAGUCUUCUUCGCCAACCCAGGAGUUGUUUCCUUUUCCUGAUCUCCCUAUCCACUCUUUUCUGACCGACCGGUUCGAUCACGCUCUUUUUUUCACGGCGAGACCGUUAAUUAUCAAUUUAAUACCUUUGACACCGCUAGUCGGCUUCGCUUCCAUCUUUCACCAUGCAAACCAAGACCCUCCUCCUCGCCAUCCUGGCCUCUGUUGCCUCUGCCCGUUUCGGACAGGAAGGCCUCGUCCAAAGCGUCAUCCAAGCUCUCGGCGCUUUCGGUCCCCCAGGCGCAGCUGGUACCCUCGCCGGCCAGACCCCCAGCGUGCUCCUUGCUGGCGCCAGUGCUUGUGCCAAGCUCGAACUGGCCGACGAGAUUGUUGCCACCCUAGGCAACGACCCCCAGGUCAUUGCCGGUGCCGCCGCCCUGGUUGCCGCGGAGAAGAACUUCAACCCUUUCGCUGUUGACAUCCCCACCAUCUGCAGCAAUGCUGCUUUGCCGGCUACUCCUGAGUUGAGGGGAAUCAUUCCCUUGGUUGAUCCUGCCGUGGAGGGGGCUGAUAUUCAGAAUGCCAACUCGGCAGCGAGCUUGCAGGCUCCGUUGGCGGAUGCGGGGUUGAGUGUGGCUGAUAUUUCGAGGGCGGCUGGGUUUGAGAAUUUUGAGGAGCAGGCUUAG